AUGGCCGGAAAAAAGGCAACUUUGAAGCGCAAGGCUUCGAUUGUCGAAACCCCCGACGUCGCUGCUCACUCCGACGACGAAUUCGGCGACGGGCUUCUCGAAGGUGUACUCUCGGACGACUCUGACGAGAGCAGCGAAGACGACGAAGCCGAUGAAGAUGAAGAGCUCGACGAGGAUGAAGAUGAGGACGAGGACGAAGCUCUGGAAAGCGACGACAUUCCUUCAGACGAGGAAGAACAAGUAGCCGACAAGGCUGCCAUUGUCAAUGGAAAAGGCGUCGACGAAGAUGAAGGACCUCAAUACCGAGUGGAAACCGAUGCAAAUGGAGGCACGAGAUUUGUCUAUGAAGAGAUUGACCCCGUCUACGACUCGGACGAUUCGGACGCUCAAGAACCCGUCAACACUAUCGGCAACAUUCCGCUUUCCUUUUACGACUCAUACCCCCAUAUUGGUUACGACAUUAAUGGCAAGCGCAUCAUGCGCCCUGCCACGGGCGAAGCAUUGGAUGCUCUGCUCGACUCGAUCGAGGUUCCCAAGGGCUGGACAGGUCUCACCGAUCCACAGACUGGAAAGCCAUUGAACCUGAGCCAGGAUGAGUUGGAGCUGCUCCGUCGGGUGCAAAUGAAUGAAGUGCCAGAGGGUUACGAUCCUUAUCCUGAUACUGUUGAAUGGUUUACAAGCUUUGAAGAGACCAUGCCUCUGAAUGCUGCUCCCGAACCGAAACGCCGAUUCUUGCCUUCCAAGCACGAGCAAAAGCGAAUCAUGAAGAUUGUCAAGGCCAUCAAGGAGGGCCGUAUCCUCCCAUACAAGCCGCCAGAGGAGAGGGAACGUGAAGAGGACGAGGAAGACGAGCCGAUUGUUGAUAUCUGGGCCGACGAGCAACCUCAAGCUCCCAAUGUCAUGCACAUUCCUGCUCCCAAGCUUGCACCACCCGGAUACGACUUGUCCUACAACCCGCCGCCCGAGUAUCUGCCAUCCAAGGACGAGAAAAAGACUUGGGAGGAGACUGAUCCGGAAGAGCGUGAAAAGGAGUACCUGCCUCAAAAGUACGAUUCGCUACGACGUGUGCCUGGUUACGAUCAGUUUGUCAAGGAACGAUUCGAGAGAUGUCUGGAUCUCUACUUGGCACCAAGAAUUCGCAAGAACAGGCUCAACAUUGACCCCAUGUCGCUGCUACCUAAACUGCCGCGACCCGAAGAGCUCAAGCCGUUCCCAACAGUGACUUCGGUCGAGUUUUCUGGACACCAGGGCAGAGUGCGAUCAGUAGCCAUUGACCCCAGUGGCACCUACAUUGCCAGCGGGGGUGACGAUGGUACGGUCAGAGUCUGGGAGCUCGAGACUGGUCACCAGCUUGACAGCAUCAAGCUCAGCAGCGAUGAGCCCGUGGAUGUUGUGAGGUGGAGACCUGGAAGAGAUGCCUUUGUUCUCUCGGCCGCCGUUGCCGAGGAUAUUUUCCUCAUUAUUCCCCAACACGCCAACCCUGAACUCCACCAGGCAAGUCGGGAUGUUCUGGAUCUUGGUUUCGGUUACGCCACCAAUGGCAAGCAGCCCACGACUGCCAAUGGUGCUAGAAAAGAACCCUCUGGAAAGUGGGCUCGUCCUGGAGCACGGCUGGAAGAUCAAGGAGUUUUGCUCAAGAUUACUGUACGAUCACCAGUCAAGGUCAUCAACUGGCACAGAAGAGGCGACUUCUUCACCACCGUCUCCCCGACCGGUCAACGAAGCUCGGUCGCCAUUCACACCCUCUCGAAACAUCUCACCCAAAUACCUUUCCGCAAACUACCAGGUCUGCCCCAGACGGCAGCUUUCCACCCCACUGGACCGCUCUUCUUUGUCGCUACCCAACGCACAAUCCGCUGCUACGAUUUGCAACGGCAAGAACUGGUCAAGGCUCUGCAACCCGGUGCCCGAUGGAUUUCGUCUUUCGACGUUCACCCCGGUGGAGACAACUUGGUUGUUGGUUCAUAUGAUCGUCGUCUACUUUGGCACGAUCUCGAACUUUCCAACCGACCUUACAAGGCUAUGCGAUUCCACCCCGAGGCUAUCCGAGCAGUCAAGUUCCACCGCAACUACCCCCUGUUUGCCGACGCAUCCGACGAUGGAACCCUGCAAAUCUUCCACGGCAAGGUUGUCAAUGACAUGAUGGAGGACGCCACCAUUGUGCCCUUGAAGAUGCUCAAGGGCCACAAGGUUACCAACAAGCUCGGUGUAAUGGAUAUCGACUGGCAUCCGACGCACCCGUGGAUUGUCAGCGCUGGAGCCGAUGGUACAUGUCGCUUAUGGACGUAA